UUUCGUGUUUUGUUUCGAUGGUUUGAUGGGUGUCCGUAUUUUGGCUCAUCCUUUGAUCGAUUUUUGUCCAUUUCUCCCAAAUCUCCUCUCUCAAUCGAUUUCGAUUCAGAUUUCAGCGGAUUGAAACAAACUAUUGUGUACAGCGGAAAAGAGGCUUUUUCAGGCCGACCCCACUCCCCGCAACUGCCUAGUUUCCCUUUCCCUUUCACAUUUUUCAUCUUCAUCUUCAUCUUCUUCAUCUUCCCUUCAAUCCCAUCUCCAUUUUUCUGUGUUUUUUUCCCGAUUACAAUGCUGGGUCUCAGCCCCCACUUCUGCGUUCGCACCCUUUUCGCCGGAUUCGCCAUGGCCGGCGAUCACCCCACUCAUUCUCGCCCCUCCGCCGCUUCCUGGUUCGCCUCCUCUUCGCUCCACUUCUCCGCGCUUCCAUCGCGCUCCAAUGCCGGACGCUCUCGCCGCCGCAACUCGAUCCUCGUUUCCUGCCACUCUUCUCGUGCUAGAUCCGGGAGCACUGAUGAUGAUUCCCAUCAAGAUUAUUUCGAAGCUUCGUUUCUCGUUUCAGAGACUAUCCAUCACUAUCGAAUGUGGAAGAGGAGAUUUCAAGAGGAUGCGAAUUUCAACCAGAGAGAAUCGCGAGGCAAUUCCCAUUCACUUGGGCUGGGAUUUCUUAGACGUUUUCGAAGCCCCACUGUGUUUCUGAAGAUUUCUUGCAAUGGAGACUUUCUACUGCCAAUUGUCGUUGGGGAAUAUGCUAUUGAGAAACUUAUAGAUUGUCAACUAGGGAUUGAAAAUGGGGAUUCCCCAGAUCUCUUCGAGUUUAUACAAAAUCUCAUGGUGAAAUUUGGCUAUGAAAUCACCACCGCAAAAAUCACAGAAAGAGUGGUGAACACUUACUUUGCCCGGCUGUUCCUGAGAAAGGAUGGGGAAAAUGAGAUGUUAAGUGUGGAUGCACGCCCAUCAGAUGCCCUAAAUAUUGCAUAUCGAUGUAAGAUACCAGUACUUGUUAGUAAGCAGAUUGUCUAUGAGGAUGCCAUAAAAGUUAGUUAUGGGUUUGGAAGAGUGCAUGAGAGAAAGUCGUGUUUUGAUGUUUUACUUGACAGUGCUGCAGAUGGUCCAGAUUUCUUGUCCCAGGAACUCGAUAUGUUGAAGAACAUGAAACGGGCUAUUUACGAAGAACGGUACAAGGAUGCAGCCAUGUGGAGGGAUAAGUUAACAAGACUCCGCAAGUUGAUACACGAGGCAUAACUUCGAUAUUCCAACUCAUCUGUCUGCUAUCGGACUUUUCGUCCCUUUAAGUAACUCUCGGUAAUUGACUGCUGUACAGAGAGGUUCCAUAAAGCAAAAUGUGUUCGAAUUUUUCUGAUACUGCACCCUAAAAUAGGGUGAAUCUUCUGUUGGUUGUGAAUCACUCACUCACAGGCAUCUUACGAACAUACAAUCCGCACGGGAUGGAUUGGGAACUCCAAGCGGAGCGAUAUGCAUCGUUCAUAGUGAUGGCAGGCCUGUACAGUUAAUUUAAGAGUAUGUAUGUAAAUAUUACAUUGGGGGUAGUCAUUGUGUUGCAUCUCCAAGUUAUGGAUGGGAUGGGGCUGAUAAGAUAAUUCUUUUCACAUAGAGAGCUGUAAUUUUGUAAGUUUGCAGUGAAUGGUAAGGUGAAGAGGAUGCUUUUGUAUAUUAUAACAAAGUCUCAUUUCUCUUUCAUACGUACACUCCUUUUCUCAUUCUA